CGACCACUUCAAUAGCGUUUCCUUCUGCCUGAACACUCACACAGAAAGGCCAACUGUCCAAAUGUAGCAAGUGCAAGUUGGCGUGGUACUGCUCCCAGAGCUGCCAGAAAACGGACUGACUGGAAGGCGCACAAGAAGACCUGCAUGACCCCAGAGGACCGUGAGGAGGCCAUGCGGCGUGCACGCAAGCCCAAUCCGAGGUAUCCCUUACCAGCCGAACAGGUGAAUCCGAUAUUAGCUCAGAGUCAGAUUUGCCAACAGGAGGCGUAUAGUGCGAUGUUACAGGCUGUACUGAAAGGCAACUUCUGCGUUGACGACGACAGGACGCGCUUCAGAAAAGCCACAGAUUUCGACACCAUGGACAGAUACACGUGUAUAUUCAACAAGUCUACAGUGGCAAAACACGCACCGCACAUGCCUCCUUCGUGGAGAGGCUUGGAGAGUGAAACACACAGCACCACAGGACGCAUCACCUGCUCACUCUACGAGUCGCUGUGCUACUAUGUUGAGGAAGACAACUUUGUGGCGCAGGGGUUACACGGCAUAGCUGCACAGGAGGAUGGGCUGUUGUUUUGAGCUCGUGUGCAUCUUCAAGGAGUUCGGUACCUGCUUGCCCUUCAAUGGUGGCGGCUGUGUGUGCUACAGAGAGCGGCCGCGCCCAGUGAAGUGG